CUCAAUCAAAUUGAGCUCGCAGACUGUGAAAUCUAUGCAUCUUGCGAGCCAUGUCCGAUGUGCUUUGGCGCUAUCCACCUCUCAAGAAUUAAGAGGCUGGUUUAUGGAGCCAAAGCCGAAGCUGCUAUUGCGAUCGGAUUUGACGAUUUCAUUGCAGAUGCAUUGAGAGGCACUGGACAUUAUCAGAAGGCUAACAUGGAGAUCAAGAAAGCUGAUGGAACUGGUGCUGUUAUUGCUGAACAAGUGUUCGAGAAGACUAAAGCAAAGUUCACCAUGUACUGAUUUUUCUCAUUCCCCCACUUACAAAAUUGAGACUGCUUCGUCAAAGACUUCUCAUUUUAUUUCUAAGAAGGAAAAAAAA